AUGGCUGGAGGUUCACGUUUUCCUGAUGGCACAAAUCCACCUAUGUUGCCUCCACCAUCUUCACCGCUGUUGGCGCAGCUGGUUCAAGUCGGUAUACAGCUCUGUAUCGUAUUCACGGUGCUCGUCUUCGAGUUCUUCUGGCUUCACUCCUCCUGCCCCUCUUGCCACAGGAAUGUGGUGAUUACUAGAUGUCAGAAGUGCAGCGGCGGAGGCUUACCAGUGGCCAGGUCUUCUUUCUCCACCGAGUCUGAACCAAGCGACAGGCGAGAAAUAAAAUUGUCCAUUCAUGUUCUUCAAUCAUCUUUAGAUGAAUAG